CACUGGUGGACAGCACUGGUGGGUGGGCACAGGUGGGUGGCACUGGUGGGCACAGGUGGGUGGGCACAGGUGGGUGGCACUGCUGGGCACAUAGUGGCACAACUGCUGGGCACAGGUGGGGGCACUGCUGGGCACAGGUGGGGGCACUGCUGGGAAAGAUAUCAACUUGCGGGGGUCACUGCUGGGCAAUCAAGGGCACUGAUCAUCAGUGCCCUGAUGAUCGGUGCCGAUCCCCGCUCUGACAACUGCCGGUUCUCGGCAGUAAACCUCACGAUCUGACAGCGUGAGGAAAGUGCAGCCGAGAACCGGCACUUGCAU